UCCAGCACACACAUUGUAUGACGGUCCCCUGAAGGCAGGUCGUUCUUAUGGACGACCGCUGAUUCGGUGUUAUUAUUCUUCACGCUUUUCACAGCAGAUAUGGGGUAGCUGCUAUAAACGUGGGGAAACUUUCUUAACAAGGGUUUUAUUUUGCCGGUUCCCUAUUUUUAGUCAAAAUGUACAGUUUGACACCCGAGCAGGGAACCGUGUGCUCGGAGGAAUGUUCUGGCAGCAGGAACUUGUUGGUUCGCCGUAACAUUAAACCUGUCAGGAGCCACGAGAACGGGAGCAACGGCAGCCUGUUAAGUUUGGCAAGCGAAGAAGACGGAGAAGUCAUGUUUGAUACUUCAGACACAGAUAACAACCGUGAGGUUCUGAUGGCUGGUAAGCAUUAUCCAUCUAUCCAAGAAUUUGCCUCAGCAAUCCCCAAUCACCUUGUCCUCGGGUCUCUUCUCGAGCACCUGUGCUGCAUCUAUGAGAGCAACCCAGCUCGAUCUCGUAUGCUGUUUAAAGUUAUUGGUCAGCGUUUGGCUGCCAUGAACCUCCUCUGCCCUCUGGCCAUCAGUGAUGAAUUCAGCACCAUUAGACUCCAGCACAAUCGGGCCUUCACUGAGCUCAUUAAUGCUGCAAGCACGUCAUUGUAUCCACAGGGCCAACAAAGUCUCAGCACAAAUACACACAGUUCUGCUGUAAGACCUAAGGAAGGACUGAUUCAAGCUCAGACGUCACGGUAUCUCAAUGAAUUUGAAGAAUUCUGUAGACUUGGAAAAGGAUCAUAUGGAAAUGUUUUUAAGGUUAUCAACAAACUAGAUGGGCAGGAUUAUGCUGUGAAGAAAAUUCUCAUCAAGAGAGUCUCAAAGGAAGACUGCAUGAAGGUCCUUAGAGAAGUCAAAGUGUUGUCCAGCUUGCAGCAUGUAAAUGUUGUGGGUUAUCACACUGCGUGGAUGGAACAUGUCCAGCCAGCAGCAUAUCCUGAAUCUAUCCUUCCAGCUCUGGAAUCUCCAGGAAAAGACUACAUCUCUGAUGACAGCCUUGACAACAGUGGUACCAGCUCAUCUAUAGUUUUUCAAAGCCUUAGUCACAACCCAUCAGAUGCAGCUUCAAGUGCCAAAGUGCCUUCAGAGACCCAUCCUGUGAGAGGUGUAGUUUCAACCAAGGAAGGACAAGUAGCGUGCCCGAAGAUGAUGCAGCGCAUCCCCGAGAACUAUGUCCCUUGUGUGUUCCUCGGACAGCGAGAAUCUGUGAAAAAUUCCAAAUGUCCCGUCACGGGGUGGGAGAGUGCAGCGCUGUUGGAGGAGGAGUCAAGCAGGAGUAGUUCUGAACUGAACAACAACUCCUGCAUCGACAAAGAUUUCCAGCAAUGGGCCGGAAAACAUAUCAAAAGCCACUUUAAAGAGGUACAGUUCCAUCUGAUGCUCUAUAUCCAGAUGCAACUGUGUGAUCGUUCACUGAAAGACUGGAUCUCUGAGAGGAACAAUCAGCCCAAAGAACAACAGAUAUCUAAUUGUCUGUAUGAUUGCGUUGAUGCGAAACACACUCUCAACUUGCUGAGACGUAUACUUGAAGGAGUGGAGUACAUUCACUCCAAGGGAAUCAUGCACAGAGACCUGAAGCCAAGAAACAUCUUCCUUCAUGGUCACAACUGCCAUGUUCGGAUUGGGGACUUUGGUUUGGCCUGUAGAGACAUUUUAUUAGAUGGCCAUAAGAGAAAAACCUCUCCUGGCAGUGAUUCAAUCCAUACUUCAGGUGUUGGCACAUUUGUGUAUGCUUCACCAGAACAGCUAAAAGGCUCUCACUAUGAUUCAAAGUCAGAUAUGUACAGCGUCGGAGUUGUGGCUCUUGAGCUGUUCCAGCCUUUUGGGACAGAGAUGGAGAGGGUCCGGACUCUAGGGGACCUGAGAGAAGGGAAAAUUCCAGACUCAUUCUCACAAAAAUGGCCAGUUUUGACCAAGUACAUCCUGAAGCUUACAAGUAAAGACCCCGGUGUUCGACCUACUGCCAGCCAGCUGCUACAGUGUGAACUCUUCAGCAAUAAAGACAUGGUAAUCUCUGGUUUACAGAAAAGGGUUGACGAGCAAGAGGAGGAGAUCGUGCAACUGAGGUUGCAGAUCAGUAGGCUUCAGAGCUCACAAGGGAGCUUGUGAGCUUCUCUUUCUGUGACCUGGACAGGACCUGAGCCCUAAAACAUUUAAAUGGACCGUCAAAACUAUUUAUUAAGCCACUGUUGUACUUGGUUUCACUAACUUUGUACAAGUGUGUGGGUGUGUGUUGUACCAUGUACACUCUGAUUUUUUGUUGUUGUGGUUGGAUCUAGUUCAAUAAAGCUUAUUUGUGAUAUA